CGUCGUCUGGUCUGACCAUUUGUCGUCUGGCGAAUGGCGAUGGUUGUGUCGUUUCGUUGACUUGUUACUAUUGGAAAAAUGUUAAUUUCACGGGGCGUACAGCUUUUAAAAACCGUCUCCCAUCGGAAACCUGUGAAAGGUGCCUUGAUUAAUUCAAAUCAGAUCCGCCUAGAAUGGAUGUACCGUGAAGUAAAACAUCCACCUGCAAGGGAUAAAAUACUAUCAGAAAUCUGUGGUGCAGUAUUAUGGUGGUGGGUACUAUGGAAUCUGUGGCAUGAUUGGAGGGUUCUUGUUGAGGGUCAUCUACCAGCUCCAAUUCCCGAGCAUUGGACAGAUGAGGAAUUAGGAAUUCCACCAGAAUAAAUAAACAAUAUAGGUAGACUUUCUUUACAAAUACAGUAUCACAGGCUUUAAGUACCUUAUAAAGCCAUCAUUGCACCCAAAAAUGUAUAACUGACUAUCCACUAAGGAUACAGCACGUGAUACUUAACUUCUUUGUAAAAUAUUGUUUCCCAAAAUAAAUUGUUUUAGUAAAUUAUUGG